GACUUGAAGGUUUCGACAAAUAGACAAGUUAUACCUGCCACUGUAAUAAAUUUGUUAUUAAGCUGUCGCACCAUCGCCGAUAAAUUUAAAUGGCUCUAAAUACAUCGUGGCUGAAUCAAUGGUUCGUGGAAGAGAUCCUGCGAAAGUCGGAAAGCGACGAUUCGAUUCAAGUGAUCGAUGUAUUUUGGAAUCGGGGCUCGAAUAAGGGUGACAACUAUAGUUGCGAUAUUAUCAGGAUUACUACUGAAUUUUCGCGUAAAGAAAGCGGCCGUAAGAUUGUAGAAAAAAAAUCAAUCAUCGUUAAAGUUUCGCCCAUAAUUGGAAGUGUUCGAUACAACAUUAUCGCACAAUCAGGUUGCUUUCAUAUUGAGAUAUCGAUGAUGUUAGAUACCUUGUAUAAAAUGAAUGAGUUAUUAAGUCCAAAACACCGUUUAAGUGUAAAAGUUCUAUACGUGCAAAGUGAAAAUCCAUCGCUUCUAGUGCUCGAGGAUCUCGUGCCUCUCGGCUUUCGUAUGGCCGAUCGUGAGUCUGGUCUCGACUUAGCUCAUUCCAUGCUGGCGAUUCGCGGAAUUGCCAGGUUUCAUGCAGCCUCUGUAGCUGUAUGCGAAAAGAUGCAUUUUUAUUCAUCGUUAGAGAACGUUUCUAAAUACAUCUCAGUGGAUAAGUUGCCGAACGAAUCGAGUGGAAAGGCGGGUUCAAUACGCGAAUUGGCUGAAAUGCAAAUGAAAAAACUCGAAAAAUAUCGUAAGUGA